UAAUAUCGUCUGGUUUUUCUGCUCUGCUCUGCUCUAUCUGCGAUUUCUUUGAUUUUGGGUUUCUUCUGCUCAAACAUCAUCUGCUUCGUCUUUCUUUCUUUUUUCCUUUUCUUUAUUUUUAUUGCAAAUCUUUUGCUGGGUUUUAUGUUAAACUUCUUCACCAAAUGUUUUUGAAAUCUCCCUCAUGAUUUUAUGAUCUCGAUGGUUUCCCAUCUCUUUUUUGAAUUUCUGGGUAACCUUCAAAUUUCUUUUUUGACCACUACUUGGUAAAAGUUUUGUUAUUUCUUCUACCAAAAAAAAAAAAAAAGGAAAAAAGAAUCAAUCAGGUCAUGGUGGUCGAUCUUAACUGUUCACUUUCACAACCUAAGAUUUGGGCUUUCUCAGUCUCUUUCAAAACCUUUCAGUCUUUUCUUCUUCAUCAUCGUGGAUCAAUCUCUUUGAUUAUCAAGUUUUGAUUUUUUGAAUCCUAGUCCUCCUAUAGACUCUCGCCUGGCUGAUGGAUGAAGAAGACUCCAGUGGGGCUGUUUGAUCUUUUUACGGCUUCUAAUUUCUGAUUUGUUGGUGUCGUUGUGGUGGGGUUUGAAGUAAAAGAUUGAGAGACAGAGAAAAAGGGAGGGGCUGGCCUGUUGUUAUAUAUGCUGAAGUCUAAGUUAAAGAUAAGGCCCAGAGGGAGAUAUAGUAGUAGUAGUGGUAGUAGUAGAGGAAGAGCUUGUGACUGUUUGGAAAACAGCACAAGAAGAGAGAAGCUUUUCAUCAGAUGUUAUCCGUUGAAAAACAUCCACCAGAUCCCCCAUGUCCUUGUGAUGAUAUUCCACAGCUGAAACACAGUAGUGAUGAGAGUGCUUCUGAUAAGCUUGCCUUGUCUGCGGUAGAUCUACCAAAGCCACCCCUUUUUGAUGAAAACCCACUUCCCAAAUUCUCCAUAAGAGAUUAUGUUUUUACUGCCCGGAGAAAGGAUAUCAAGACGAAUUGGCCUUUUUCGCUGAAAAAUCUGCAACUUUGUUUGAAUCAUGGCGUGAAGGAUCUAUUGCCACCAUUUCAGCCCCUUGAUGCAGUCAGGAAUAAUCAAUCAUUUCAAAGAUCAUGUACGGUUGAUAAUGAAAACAUAGUAAGCAAUACUAUUAUUGAUGGGGAGCCUUCUUCUUUGCCUGAUGAUCAUGAACAUGUGGUAUUAGACUCAUCUGAUGAGACUCAGCCAAAUGAGAAGCUAGCAGAUAUCUCAGCUAUUUCAUGUAGGUCUGAAGGAGAAAAUGAUUUUCCAUCCACAAUUACAAGUACUAGUAUUUCUCAAUCGGAGAUAGAAGAGUCAGUUCCUACCAACAGACCAGCUAGCUCACCAGUUGAAGCUGACGCUGCAGGUCCUCCUCUUCCCCCCAAGACCACCGAAAGCACCACCACCCGAACCUCCGGUAAGAAGUGCAGGUUGAUUGUGAAAUUCAGUGGCCAGUCGGAAAGAAGCUCCACUGAAGAUAUAGCUUCCAUUUGUACCAACAUAUCUGAACCAAUGGCUUCCAAGACUUGCCCUGUUUGUAAAACUUUCUCAUCCCCAUCUAAUACCACCUUGAAUGCUCAUAUAGAUCAGUGCCUGUCUGUGGAGUCAACUCCCAAGUGGACAGUGGACUCUAAACUAACCAGGCAUAGAAUUAAGCCUAGGAAGACAAGGUUGAUGGUGGAUAUCUAUUCUACAGCGCAACGUUGCACGUUGGAAGAUCUUGACAAAAGAAAUGGCUCAAGCUGGGCUUCCUCGGUUUCAAGCUUUCCUGCUCAUCAGGAUAUUGAGAAGUCUGAGAUGCCUGCAGCUGAAGAUAAAAAGCAAAGAGUGUUGGCUGUUCAUCAUGAUAAUGAUACUGUUGUUGAUGUUGGUCCAGUGUAUAUAGAUGCUAAUGGCACCAAACUUCGGAUUUUGUCCAAGUUCAAUGAUGAUGCCCCAUCAGUGUCAAAAGUACUAGAGCAUCUUCGACCGAGAAAGCCUUUGAAAGGAGGAAAAGGAGGCAAAUUCCUUUCAACCAAAAAGAAAAAGUGCCAUGCAUCUAAAUAUCACAAGUAUCUUAAACUUCCUUCUCAAAACAAAAAGUUACUCUCUUCCAAGGUUCUUUCUUCUCAGAUUUCUAGGAGUCAAGAAAGAUAUUCUGGAGCAAAAGAAUGUUUUGGAAGGGGGGGACGGCAUGUGCAGAAGCAGGUAAAUCCUUGUAAUUCUGGUACUUUAAGACAAUGGGUGUGCUCCAAACGAACUGGUGUUGCAAAGAAGCUCAAUAAUAAAGUUUGCCGCCAGCCUGUGGGAUGUAAAUGGCGAGUACCUCAGGACUUGCUGGUUGAGAAUGACCAGUCAUGUAAUUCUCUUAUGGAUCGGAGUUGCGAUCAAGUAGUUGAGAAUUUUUCUGGUAAACAAAUUUCGUCACCUGAGAACAGUGAGAAAAUGGAGAAUGAUGUAUUUUAUGAAGCCCAGGUCAGUGACUUGGGGAAGCAAUCUCCCAGGAGAAAGAGAGCAGGAAGCCCCUUGUCUGGAGCUAAUAUGAGAGGCAAUGUCAAAGGUUCACUUCCACAGAUGAAGCGGAAGUUGAGGAAAAACAACACUUCUAGUAAUGAUUAUCACAUGCUGGAACCUCCUAAAUCUGCUGAAACCUGUCCUACUUUCUUGGGCAAUGAGACAGUUGAUAUUUGUGCAGAUCCAAUUGAUAAAUCUAACUUUCCACCUGGGGUUAGUAUAAAACAGUCUAGAAGUUGUCGUUCUUCCAGGUCAAAAGCCAUGAAAUUUUCCUCUUUAAUGAAGAAUAGCUUAUCCGUCAGCAGCCGGGUAUCUGUGACUGAAUCUGAGUCUACCAUCACCAAUAAAAAUAUAAUGGCAGAUGUAGAUGAGGAGAUUGUGGUCCAAUCUUCUGAAGAAGAUCGACCUUAUGAUUUCAUGCACAAUUAUGCGGCAAAUCAGUCUGGAAGGGAAGAUGAAAGUACUGAAAGAUCUCUUUGCAGAAAUAAUGUAUUGGAAAUCAGACAAAAAAUAGGAGUAUUAAGCAUCUCUGGAAGAAAAGAAACCAUGGUCAUGGAGAGUUCACAGAUAGCUCCUGAAUGUUAUCAACAUGACAGAGGGGAAAAUAUAGAUUCAGCUGUUCUUGUAAACAAAGUUGAUGGUGCUGCACAUAAAGAGGUUCAACGCUCUAUAGAUGACAUUGUCACUCAAUCAUCUUCUGGAAUAGCUGUUGGAGAGACAGUUUCAAGCAUGAGUAAAGCUAUGGAUCCUGAGCAUAAAAAUCUGGUUGAUCGUUCCAAGACCCAAGCCAACUCUCUACAACAUAAGGGGCCUUUAUCUGAAGCUGAAGUACUGGCAGGUUUGCCUGAGCCUACUUUUGUUGGUAGAGAAGAUAAUUUUUGUGCUGAUGAAGUUGGAAAUGGCAUGCUUGUGCAAAAUGUUCAUAUUGGGGAAGAAUUGGAUUCUGAUGUUGCACAAGGAAGUUCUUUUCCUGAGGUUGAUCGGAUACCUAUUCCAGGACCUCCAGGAUCAUUCUUGCCGAGUCCUAGGGAUAUGGGUUCGGAAGAUUUUCAAGGGAACUCAUCAUUAACCACAAGCCGUGUUCAGUCUUCUCAAGAUCAGCACGAUUUCAUUGAUGGAGAUUCUUCAGAUUCACCUGUUUCUGCAACAUCAACCAUCUCUAAUUUCACAGCUACAAGAUAUGAACCUAAGUCUUCUGAACCAUUACCGUCUGUGGGACCUCAGUUGGUGCAAGAAAGAGUUAGGUCAAACUUAUCAGGUGGUAGCCUUGAUUCUUCAGUAGAAAAUGCAGCUUUAGCUCCUCACACAACCUCUGCAGCAGCAGAAAGACUUACUUUUGAUAGAGAGAAACUUAAAGUCAACAAGAAACCUCUAAGCUUCAAAAGUGAUGAUCAGCCUUGUUGUUGCCAAAGGAAGGAAAGAGCUUCUCAGGGUGUCACUUUAAGUUAUCAAGAUUCGCAACUAUUAAGGCGUCGUGCAAUGGCUUCAAUAAUGAUGCCUGCAAUGGAAAGGCAAUUGAGUCGCGAUAUGAACACAAGAUCCAAUAAUUCAGAAGUAAGGUCUGAAACUUCAAAAUCUCAUAAUGUUGUUCUCCCUGUCAUGAAGUGCCCUGGCAGCCCCAAUCCAUCAAGGGAUUCAGCUGAUGCUGGAUUGAAGUUCUCGGGUCGUAGUGAUUGUGAUUCUGUUAGUCCCUCUUCUUCUAAUUCUAUACUCAGGUUGAUGGGUAAGAAUUUGAUGGUGGUCAAUAGAGAUGAAGAUGAAUCCAUGCCACUUGGGCAGGCCCAACCUCAUUCCCAAAUUAACCAUCUAACUUCACAGCUUCCUCCAUAUUCUGGUGUCUCUCCCAGCAAUAUCCAAAAUCAGGUGUACCAUUCCUUCCUUCCUAACAUUGCUCAGGGUUCCGUAAUUUUAGGUCAGAAUCCACUUAUCUCAGAGGAGCGGUGCUUUGAUGCAAGAUUCCCUAUCAAUUUUAGAACUCAUGCUGGUCCGAAGACAGCCAGUAUGCUUUCUCAAGGACCAGGAUCUUUGUUUUCAAACCAGCAUAUGGAUGGUGGCUUCAUGGCACUUAUUGAGCCUCAUGAUUACAAAUCUGAUUACAACAUUGCAGCUCCCCAGAGUAAGUCUAAGAACAGACCAGCUGGAGCAUUUGCAAAUCAUAUGGAGAGAGUUAUAACCAUUCCUGACAGCCAACAGAAGAAUGCACCUUCUGCUGCCAACUCCAAUAAAGAAAUCAUUAUUAUUGAUGAUGUUCCUGAAAGUGAAGCUGAUAAUUCAACCAGUGAAGUUGUAAGGCACUCUGGUGGGUUGGUGGGGGAGAACUAUGUAGUUUCAUCAGGCACUUUGAUGCCCAAUUGUAACUCAUCAAUGCGUCCCAACACUUUAUCUUGUUGUCCGUCCCCCUAUGACCCUCCACUCCAGUCUGAGCCACCAGUAUUGUCACACAACACCAAUUUUCAUGCCGUACCCCCCAGGCGAGCAAAUGCGAGUCAUGCAAGAUGGAGUUGUACACCAGAAGGUUCUGUUGUGCUUCAACAAAGAUCUUUUGUUGCAGCGUCAUCUUCAAAAGCACAACUGAGGCCGGCAUUGUAUAAUUCUCCAGGCUUAUUGUAGUAACCGAUCUUCAUUUGGGAUUGGCUAUUUCCACCUGGUUAUCCUAUAUAUGUCAGGUUUUACCUCCAUUCAUUAAUCAUGCAUUCACUGGAUAUUGCUGGAAGCUUUGGGAUGAUAGUGAAAAUGAUGGUGGUGGUUGAUCAAAGAGAUAGGAGCCCGCACAAAACAAGAUUAGCAGUUGAGGUCAUGGAUAGAAUUGGUAUACAUAUUUACUUUAUUGAAUGUUGGUUCAAAAUUAUAAUAUGCAGUUUUUGAGGCUUCUGCUUGGGCAUGCUUUAAGCUACCCCUGAGAUCAGUAGACGAUGUAUAAGUACAAUCCAUGAAUAAUAGUUGACAACAAACCUUGGCUUAAAAUCAAUAGAGUCAAGUGUCCCUUUAUGGAAAA